AUGCCCGGAGCGAGCGCGGGGAGCCGGGCGAGGGGCCUGGGCGGGCCGGCGGGGGCGGCGGCGGCGGCGCUGCUGCUGCUGCUGCUGCUCUGGGCCUCGGUGCACAAGGUGGAGGAGGGUCACCUGGCCGUCUACUACAGGGGAGGGGCGCUGCUGGACACCCUGAGUGGGCCCGGGUACCACAUCAUGCUGCCCUUCGUCACGAUGUGCAAAGCGGUGCAGACUACGCUGCAAACAGACGAAAUAAAGAAUGUGCCUUGUGGGACGAGUGGCGGCGUCAUGAUCUACAUCGACCGCAUAGAGGUGAUGAACAUGUUAGCGCCACACGCAGUGUACGACGUCGUGAGGAACUACACAUCCAAUUAUGACAAGGCCCUGAUCUUCAACAAGGUCCAUCAUGAGCUGAACCAGUUCUGCAGUGUCCACACUCUCCAGGAGGUGUACAUUGAGCUCUUCGAUCAAAUAGAUGAAAACCUGAAACUGGCCCUGCAGGAGGACCUGAACACCCUGGCCCCGGGCCUCACCAUCCAGGCUGUUCGCGUGACAAAACCCAAAAUCCCUGAAGCCAUCCGAAGAAAUUUUGAACUCGUGGAAGCUGAGAAGACCAAACUCUUGAUCGCUGUUCAGAAGCAGAAGGUGGUGGAGAAGGAGGCCGAAACAGAAUGGAGGAAGGCAGUCAUAGAGGCGGAGAAGGAGGCUCAGGUGGCAAAGAUUCGGUAUCGGCAAAAGGUCAUGGAGACAUUGACGGAGAAGCGGAUUUCUGAGCUUGAAGAUGCUGCUUUUUUGGCCAGGGAGAAGGCGAAAGCGGAUGCAAAAUGUUACACGGCACAAAAGGCAGCUGACUCAAACAAGCUGAAACUCACGCCGGCUUACCUGGAGCUGAUGAAAUACCAGGCCAUUUCUACCAACAGCAAGCUGUACUUGGGCAGCAGCCGGCCCCCUAACCUGUUUCUGAGUUCUUGUGCUUCUGAACACCUUGUUGCGCGAACGGCUAGAGAAGCGGCCCUCCUCUCCAAAGCAGCGAAAGCCCACCUCCGGCCCAGAGCAUCUUAAGGCGGAAGCGAAGGGGGGGGGGCGGGGGGGGCAUCGCCUCUGUCGCCUGCACUUCUCAUUGAUCGGCCGCCUCGGAAUCAGGGGCAGGCCUGUUCUUAAAUUGCCUUAUUCCAGACCGUAAACGAAAGGAGCCAAAUCUUUUCUGCAGCACAGAGUCCAGAGGGCUGCGCUGCCCUCCGGAGCCAACUGUGAAGACACCUCAAGGCCUCCAUGCGCAGCGCCUGGAGCCCUCCUGCAGACUUGGGCAGCAGUUCGGUCACUGAGCUUUAUUGCCCUUAUGGAGGAGACUGUGGUGAAGAGCUCCCAGGCCAGUUCUUCUCAACUGUGAUUCAGCAGCGGUGGCCAUGGGCUAGUCGGCCAGUUAUCCGCCAGCCCCUGCCAUGUCCUCGAAAGUCUCCCCAAGUUGUGCUUACUGCAUGUAUUUGCGUUGCCUGAGACCUGGUCCCAGGUGACUGAGGAGGAAUAGCUCUUGUCUCCCAAAGGUGCGAAAACUUAAACGUCUCCUUCAAGUUCACAGGACCAGCGAAGCUGUCCAGCCCCCCCGAAUGUGCAAGUGCGUGCAUCCUGCUGGAAAGGAGCACCUCCUGCAGCGCCCCAGCCCUUUCUGCAAGCGGGGCAUUCAGAGCAGCAAUUCUGCCCCCUCUGCUCUCGCUUGCAUCUCCCCGUGUGGGGAACGGCGUCCUCAAGGGGGCUGUGAGCCCCGCCCCGCUCCUUGCCGGGGCAAAGGCGCCCCCUUCCGAGCUCGUGAACUGGCGAGCAGGAGCUUCGCUUGGGAGGCUCCGUGUAGGACGAGGCCACGCAAACCUUCCCUGCUCCCAGGCAGGCACGCACCCCACUUCCCUAUCGGAUGCUGCCAGUGGCGCUGCUGCAGCCUCCUGCAUGCAGUGCCAACUUCCUCAGGGCCCGGAGCGCCUUUGGCCGUGCAUUCCUCCGGUUGGGCUGCUGAACACAACAGCUGCAUGUGUGGAGCGAAAUGAACCCUGAACUCUCACCAGGGAUGGGGGGGGGGCGGGGGGGGGGGCACCAGUUAUUCUCCGUUGCACUUACUGCUAAACUACCAAAAGAGGGGUUUAUUUGUCUGGCCCGAACUGCAGCCUGGAUUGUGUUUGCUUCUCUGAAGAUUUUGCCUCAGAACAUACAUGUGUGGCUGUAAAAGAUAAAUCAGAUGACUGGAAACUGAUUAUUUUUUAAAACAAAUAAGGCUUGAGUUUAUGUGCAAAGUGUUGAUCUUUGGAAUAAGGGAAAAUAAAGCUAUUUUCAUAACCUUU